GGGCGUGCGGCGCGCAGGCCGGGCCCGCUCCCCCGCCCGUCUCCAUCGCGGCCCGGCCUCCCACCUGGCGCCCGGUGCCCACCCGCCAUCUUCUCCCGGCGCCCUCUGCCCCCGCGCCGUGUCCCGGGGCUGCCUGGCGGCGCCCCGUGGGAGGGGAGCGUAGCUCGGCUCGGCUCGCCAGGGCGGGGCUUGUUCCUCGUUCCUCAUCCGCACGGAGAGGCCCUGACGUGUUGCGAUGGCCGAGGGAGCCGCCGAGGCGGCGGCGGCAGCGUGCUUCAGCGAGGAUGAUUUUUACUGUCCCGUCUGCCAGGAGGUGUUCAAAACGCCCGUGAGGACCGCGAACUGCCAGCACGUGUUUUGCAGGAAGUGCUUCUUGACAGCUAUCAGAGAAAGUGGAACGCAUUGUCCUCUCUGCCGGGGGAGCGUGACUAAAAAAGAAAGAACGUAUCCCAAAAGGGCUCUAGAUGUUGAAAACAGUAUGAAGAAAGCUUCUGGGGGCUGUAGAUGCUGUGAGAAGCAGGUUAGAUUUUCAUGGAUGAGACAGCAUUAUAAAACGUGUAAGAAGUAUCAGGAUGAAUAUGGUGUUUCUUCUAUUAUUCCAAACUUACAGAUUUCCCAGGAUUCAACAGGGAACAGUAGCAGGAGUGAUGCAAUAUCUGAUAAUGGCGAGAUGGCUAAUAGUCAAAUACUUCAAGGAGAAACAAGUAGACAUCCAACCUUCAAAUGUCCCCUAUGCCAGGAAGCCAAUUUUACCAGACAGCGUUUGCUGGAUCACUGCAAUAAUAGACAUCUUUAUCAGAUAGUUCCUGUAAUCUGUCCUAUUUGUGUAUCUCUUCCUUGGGCAGACACUAACCAAGUUACUAGAAAUCUUGUUAGCCAUCUAAAUCUAAGACACCAGUUUGACUACGGAGAAUUUGUGAAUCUUCAGCUUGAUGAAGAAGCCCAAUACCAAAAUGCAGUUCAAGAAUCCUGCCAUGUGAACUUUUAGAAGUAUAACCCCCCCUUCAUCCUACUGAUUAUCUGAGAGCAAAAUGACAUCAAUUCUGUUGGUGAUCUGAAGUGUUAUUAAUAAAAAAUGGUAUUCAGUAAUGACUUUUCAGGCUUAACUUUUUUCCAUGCUCGUAAGGACUUUUCACAAAUGAUAUUGCUGAUGCUCUAACUUGACUACUUUACUGAGAUGUCCCUGUGGAAUUAGGGACCUUUUUAAAAAUUGUCAGCGUUGUCAUGAUUUUCUCUUACUACUCUGUUAAUUACACACUUUAUAAUUAAUGUCAGAUAUUUUAAUUCACCAGAAACAAAUUUGAAAGUAGUAUCUUUAGAAAGACAUACAAAGAUGCUCUUUUGCACUGUUGAGUUACUUUAAGUUCAGCUGUCAUCUGCUAAGAUGUUUAUGAAUUUGGUGGUUUAUUUUUGUUUGGUUUUGGCUUUUUACACCAUUACUAUGUAAAUGAAAACAAUGCCAACUUAAGAAAUACAAAUAUUUGUUUUCUGUAGAUCAACAAUACAGAGCAGUUUUUUCCCACCUUUCAUUGAGAAAGAAUGAUACCAUUGCCUAAGAAUAAUUACACCUAUUUUUUCUCCUUUUGGAGUGUAACAGAAAUAGGAUGCUUACUUACUAAAUGGUUGGGUGAGUUUUCCCUGUAUUGGGGAAGAUGAUCCUCCUGACAUACUUUCUGAGCAAUUCAAGAUGACAUGCAAAAUAUAUACUUUUUUGGUGUAUGCCUGUGACCAGCUAGUUUUUCAUUUUGUUGGAGCUUUUCAAGGACAUCUGUUGUUGCAUUAGAAAUUAAAGAUUUGGUCUGUUCUGUCUUUCAUGGCAAGCUCUGUAACUAGAGAACUAAUUGGCUUCAGACCUACCAACCCUCUGAAAUGGACUUUUUUAUUUGGGUAAGACUGUUUAAAACUUGGACAUCUGCAUCCAAAGGCUUGAAAAAAAAACAGUUGAGAAGAAAAAAUUGCUCUAAAAUAGUUACCAACGUAUUUUAAGAGUUCCUAUUCUAGAUUUCCACAUUGCCAGCAAUACCAUCAUUUAAAACCAGAGCAAUAAUGCAAUUUUGAAUUUAAAUGGAAAAUCCAUUUUAAAAUUAACUUAAAGUUCUUUAAUACUAAUGGGAAGCAGGGGAAAGAAAGUUGCACAACUUACAUUUUGGAGGUUUAAAUAGAGGCAAUUCUGAAUGUGUAUCUUUUAAGGACUGACUCUUCAUCCUUUGUCAUCGCCCUUUGUCAAACGACUGUUCUUAAUGGGUGUUAUAUACAUGGUGGAGAACGUCCCCGGUGACUUUUCUAGUCUAGUUGGUGAUUUAUGUCUAAUAAUAUCAGUUGUGCAGCUGAAGUACAAUCUGCUUUCUGUGCCCUGGCUCCCAUUUGCUCUCCAAGUAAGGGUUUUGGUUAUUCUUUAGAUACUGGAACAUUUUGUAUUCCAAAACUGGUGAGGUUGAAAUGCCUCCUGCUGCAAUGUCAUGAGUUCCAAUCCUAGUUCUAGUACACUGAGUGUUGGAAUUAAAACACUAUACACUAUAACUUGACAUUUCUAUUUUUUUUUUAAGAGUGUAAAAUAUUACUGACGGCAUAGCUGGCAUAAAUACAGAGAAAGCUGGCUGUUUCAGAAAUGUUAAAGGUUAUUUCCUUUUUAUAACAAUUUAGCACGUCUUGCAUUUUGUUGCUGGCUUAAUAGGAUAUGUUGGCAGCAGGCCACGCUUUCAUCUUGUACUCCAGCUUCCCUAUUUGCCCCCCAUACUCUUGUCUGCAUAUUCUCACUCGUGUCAGCUCUAGUGCUUGUGUGACCACACACUGAUUUGGAGUGGUUCACUGAUACAGCUGAAAAGGUCAUUUGGAUUUUUCACUUUCUCUUUUCCUUUAUGAAGCCAACUACAAAAUAGUCCUUAGACAGAAAGGAAUUUCAAGGUAGCUUGAUGCUACAGUUUUAGCUUUUUAAAAGAAAAAUACAUUCUGUGGUGAUUUUAUUACUGCAUACAUUUCCUAAGGAAUUUAAUAGUUACAUGUAACUUAGUUAACUUUUUUAGAUUCAAUAGAAUAUUUAUAUGAUGUGGCAAUAAAUGCCUCUAGCCAAUACAGAUUCAGAAUGCCUCAUGGACACUGGAGCUAGUUAUUUGUAUUACUUGAACGUACAGUGAGAAUUGCAAAUGAAAUUACAUCUGUUCUAAAACUCUGGGAAACAAAAGUUCUCUAUAGCAAUAAUUAAUUGUCACUUAAUGUGCAGUUGCUGAGCAUUUUAGUCAUGUUUAAAUGUUGGGAGACUUGAAUGCACAGUUUAAAGCAACGAAUGUUUAUAAAUGCAAUAUAAAAAAACCCUUGCAAAAUGUUUAUCCUCUUUAUUUAUGUAUGUUAAAAUCUGUAUUGGCAGGUGUUGCUUUGCUUAAGAUUUUAUACUUUUAAUAUGAAGGGAUUGCAUCCAAUACAUUAACUAGGUAAGCGUUUAAUGAAAAUGAAACAAUCUAUUUAAAUAUGCUGCUGCUGGUCAUGAAUCUUUCUCACUGAAACUCAGACGUACACAAAAAGCUGUGUAUUUGUGAUGGGUGAUGUUUGUAUUUGAAACAUGCAAUCUUUACUAGAAGAUUGCCGUUUAACAAUGUUUUCAUGUUCACGUUGCAUUGUGUAUAGGUUCAAUAUGGUAUAUUAUGUUUGGAUUGUACCUUCUAUUUUUUCUUCUAUUAAAGUAUUUUAUUUUCUGUUUGGCUCUUUGUUGCAUAAUAAAGAUAAUCAGUCCCCUUGA